AUUUCAGCAUUUUUCAUGUUGCCUCCGCUUGGUAAAUGACGAUAUCAAAUGUCGAUGAUAUUUGAUGAAUUGCACUCCCCUUCUCUGAUGUCUGCGCUCCUGAAUGGGUGCAAUUGUUUAAGAUGUGGUUUACGGUUGCCGUGAGAGCGUUUCUUCUCUUGUUUUUAUUUAUGUAAAAUAGAUUUGCAGACGCAGAGAUGCGCUGUUCGCUGUUUACGCAUGGAUAUUUGACUGAGUGGAUGGGUGUAAUAGGAGCUUAAUGUCAUUUGUGAGGAAUAUAAGUUCUUAUAGCCGUUUUUUCUUAUUUAAGAUCAAAUUUUUAUUGUGUCUGAAACAAGCAUUAAAAAGGUGAAUAUUUUUACAGAAGGGAGCUGUUAAAAAAUGAAACAUAAAUGUGUUUUAUUUAAAAGCGAUCUUAGUUUAUAGUCUAUUGCAGAAGAUAAAUGGCUGCCCCGCAUGCUUCUUUUUUAUUUCGGCCCUUUUUUCGAUGACUAUUUUUAUUCUUAGAGGGGCAUGAUUUGCUUUUGGGUUCCUCAGAAGCACUAGAAGUUUGGAUAGCCUGACAGUUCUGCCUCCUUCUAAAUCACUCCCAGUAAUUCCUGAAAGGGUGCGAGCGAGGCUGUUUGGGGGGCCGGCCGAAAACUGUAAAUCUUUCACUUUUAUUACCCCUCUGAACAUUUGCCGGCGACGCUGUACCAGCGCUGCAACCCCCUUUUUUCUUCCCUUGUUCUGCAGCGAAGACAACCAGCCGCUGAACCAACCAGUCAGCCAGGCAGCCUGCGGCUGCGAAAUCCUCCUCUGCUAAUCCAGUCAGGUUUUCCAAAGCAUACAUUUUUUUUGUUUUUAUUUGGCAUGGGAAAUUUCCUUUAUUUGGUGCUUGAUGUGGAAAACAAUGCAAGAGAAGCCAGGCAUGCUCCUGUGAUUCUUUGUGCUGCAAGAAGGGUGUGAAAACAGGCAGGCAGGCGCACACACACAAACACACACACACACAACAAACGCAGGAUGAUAAUGUGCUUUAUUUGAAUACAAUAUACGACCAGCUGUAAGAAAAGCUCACGUCAUUUAUUUCAUAAAUCAUCUUCAAACGCACAUACCACACCGGUGCUCUGCAGAAACGUCACCCUCCAUUAUUAGGUGAUGCGUAAAAUGCACCCUUUGUUCGUUUUUGUUACCAAAUUCCUCCUAAUAUGUAACAACCUUGAAUUUCUUACAAAUACAAAAACAAAAAAAAAAAAAAAAAAAUCAAUUGACCCAUUGCAACGUAGAACGGACUUUUACAUGCAUGUUUUGCACAAACAUGCUGCAAUCAAAGUGCAAUACUAGGAGGACUGAUGGUGGAUAAAAAAAACAGCAACAACAACAAAAACGGCAAAUAUUCCUGCGUUCUGAUACUGAGGCAUGCAGAUUGCAGAUCCUUGGUAUUCAAAGAAGAAGUAGGACCAUUUUCCCAAUCACGCACCCUCGACGAGCCCAUAAACGCCACCCUUUAUCAAAAUGGACCGGUGAGGUAAGAGUUCCCUGCUUGAAGAGGAGAACAAAUCACGUGAACAUAUAUGCUCGUAUCUAAAAGGCAGUGCCAUUUUAUUUGUCAUCAUAAAAGCUUCAGAAACAAGCCCCCCAAAAAAAAUCCCAAUCUGCACAGGCCUAUCCUCGAUAUCUCACUGGUUGAUUGAUUGCCAGUGGAUUUUUUUUUUCUCUUUUCCCCCCUCUUCCUCUGGAAUAAGGAUACCUUGUUCGCUUUUUUUCUUCUCUUUUUUUAAAUCCAUUCUUUCGGGAAUACUGUCUCCAACCGGUGUAUGGAAAUGUCGGGAAAACAGCAAGAUCAGGUUUAGGACAGCACCGUCUGCAGACAGGGAGAGAAAAAAAAAAGAGGGGUGAAGGAUUUAUUCCAGAAGCAGCGCGGAGAGGAAGUCAGAGCUGAGAGGCAGCCGCUUUAUGAUGAAUUGAUUCGCAGGUAAGCAACUGCAUGGCGAGAAAGCAACCUUUAACCGCGGGUUAAUACAAUGCAAAGGAUUAUUCACAUUAUCAUGCAUCCGGUCCGAGGAGCCGAGGCUCGUUAAAUAUACGGAUAUGCGGCAGCCAUCUCUUCCAAUAUAUAUAUCUAUAAAAAAAAUACAUUUUCCAUUCAAAUAUUAUCGAUAGGUUGAGUCUGGCGCUUUUCACCCCGUUAUGAAAACCUGCUCGGAUGAGGAAGAAAAAGAAGAGGAAGAAGGAGUAGGAGGAACUUUUCUUUUUUGACUCUUGGAUCGUAAAUCACAUUAAUUUGUUGUCUUAUCGUCACACUGGCGUUUGCUGUGAUUUAUGUGGUUUCAGCUGCAUAUGGCUUUGUCACCCUGCAACACUGUAUACUUUGCACGGAUUCACACUGGAGGAUUUUUUUUUCUUCUUCAAGGAUUUUGACCAACAGAAGACAAAACCCCAUAUUUUCCAGUGAAUUGUUCCCAAAAAAAAAAAAUGUUUCUUCUCCUUUUAAUCCGGAUCUCGUCUAAAUUUCACCCUACCCUGGUUCACGUUCUGUAAUUUAAUCCCAAAGCAUCUAUUUUGCAGCCCUACUUCCGGACCGAUUUCUAAACCAUAGCAAUACGGCUGCAAACGUGUGCAUCCUGCAAAUAAUCCAUCUCGUCUGCGCAAUAAACUUUUCAGCCUAUAUUAAAACGCAGGACGCUUGUGUUAAACAGACAUUUUAAGGGAAUUUCAGACGGUCUGACCGACUGCGUGAGAUAAUAACACUCCACCGUGAGUCCCGACCCAUUGUGUGGCUCAAACUUACCGUGACAACGCGUAGGCGAAAAACACAGAUCGUGUGAAAAGGGAGGCUUGUCUGCUACUAGUAACUCGGGGUGCCCAACAGCAACUGGAGGGCGCAAAUUAUCGACCGAGUCUCCCAGAAUAUUUCACACAAUACAAUACGAAAAACAGAUACAUAAAUAUAAAAAGAAAGAAACCUUAACGCCAAGUUGCGUUUUAAUGCAUCUGUCCCAAUGGUAAUUCAAAAAGAAAUACAUCCUGCGUUUUAUUCCCCAGCCGUCGGUCUUCCUCCGGUCUCUCUCGGCAGACAGAACCUGCUCUGAAUUUGGUGGAGACUUUUAGCUACUUGAAGCCAAAGAUGCUCGUUGUUCAUUAAACUUUGGCUUAAUGCAGAAUGACCCAAAGGUCACCUAAAAACGCUUAUGGCUGCUAGAUAUUUGGCCCGUCGCUUUGUGCGAAAGUGCCUAUGUAAGAUUUUUCAUUCUUCAAAAAAAAAAAAAAAAAAAAAAAAAAGUGCAAAGAAUGAUCGGUGGUAAAUGAAGGGGGUGGGUAGAAGGUUGGGUUAUUAUAAAGCUUUAAGUUCAUUGACAGUUUUUUUUUUUAUUUGGACUAAUAUGAAGAAAUAAAAUCAAAACUGUCAUGUCCAAAUUAAUAUGAAAUAUUUACAUUUUUUCUGGUAAAUUGGCGCAAAAUGAAAACCUAAAGAAAAAAACAACAACAAACAAACGAGUUCAUAUUUUCUUAACCCGUAUUUGUGUUGUAGGUCGAGAUGGAGGCGGUGAUGAAUGCUUGAGCGAUAUAAAAGAGAUCUGCGCAGAUUUCGCUCACAGACUGGAGCAACUGUGGGAAACACCAAUCACUUGAAUAAUCGGCACCCGUUUUGUGGCUUUGAAUCCACAAAAUGCAGAAGGCAACUUACUACGACAACUCUGGACUGUUUGGAGGCUACACCUACCCCAAACCAGACUCCUACAGCUACGGCCCUGCUCACCAGUCCUACGCCGCUCCUAAUAUUGACACUGAUUACCAAGGCUCUGUGUGUCCCAUUCAGACCUCUGCGGUCAGGCCACCUCCGGCCCUCAAAGACAGUGACCUAAACGGGGACUGCAUGCGACAAAGCAGCGGUCAGAGCAACAACAACAGCAGCAGCAGCAGCAGCAGCAGCAGUGGCAGCAGCCAAGCGAACGGUAUUUCUGAGCAGCAGGUACCCCCGCUGUCUGCAUCCUCCCCGAGCUCCAACAGCUCUGCGUCCCAGAAGAAGAAGUCCCCGAACGGCAGCGUGUCAGGCGCAGCCACCCCGGCCCUCACCAAGCAGAUUUUCCCCUGGAUGAAGGAGACCAGGCAGAACUCCAAGCAGAAGAGCAGCAACAACUGCACUGCUGCAGGUGGGGAGGUGAGUGAUGAGAAAAGCCCGCCCGGUCCAGCCUCCAAGCGGGUCAGAACUGCUUACACCAGUGCGCAGCUCGUGGAGCUGGAGAAGGAGUUUCACUUUAACCGCUACCUUUGUCGCCCACGGAGGGUGGAGAUGGCCAAUCUGUUGAACCUCACCGAGCGCCAGAUAAAGAUCUGGUUUCAGAACAGGAGGAUGAAAUACAAAAAGGACCAGAAGUCUAAGGGACUGGCGCACUCCCCCAUGGGACACUCCCCGGACAGAAGCCCCCCACUGAGCGGGCCCAAUCACACCGGUUACGCGGGCCAGCUCCAAAACGUGAACAGCCUCAGCUACGACGCGCCCUCGCCGCCGCCCUUCGCCAAGCCCCAGCAGAACAUGUACGGCCUGGCCGCGUACACGGCGCCGCUUGGCGGCUGCAUCCCUCAGCAAAAGCGCUACCCGGGCUCCGAGUACGAACACCACGGCAUGCAGAGCAACGGGGGCUUCACCAACGCCAAUUUACAAGGCAGCCCCGUGUACGUGGGUGGGAACUUUGUUGAUUCCAUGCCAGCCUCGGGCCCCAUGUUCAACCUCGGCCAUCUCCCCCACCCAUCAUCCACCAGCGUGGACUACAGCUGUGCCGCUCAGAUCCCAGGAAACCACCACCACGGACCGUGUGACCCCCACCCCACGUACACAGACCUCACCUCUCACCAAGUUUCUCAGGGAAGGAUUCAGGAAGCGCCUAAACUGACGCAUUUGUAAUAUUAUGACGUUUCUUGUGCGUGCGUGUAUGUGUGCGUGUGUGUGUGUGUGCGUGCCAAAUUACGUUGCGCUCUUUUUUAUUACCUCACUAGGCUAUUAACUACGCUCCGAGCGAGCCGUGUGUACUAUGACAGUAUUAUUGAUAUUAUUAUUAAUGCUAUUGUGUAAUUAUUUUCUAAAUAAUAUAGCUUUGUCCGUUUCUCUUAAAAAUUGGACAAGCGCUAGCCUGAUUGUUAAUAGUUCUUUUUUUUUUCUUCCUUUAUGUUUAUUCUCAAGUGCAAUGCGCAAUGUUUGACUGAAUAUUUCAUGCCGUUACUUGAAGGUAAGUCUUGUAGAUCACAAAAAGUAGAAGCUCAUCCUUAGAUGGAAAGAUGUUUUGGGAGAAAAAAAAAUUAAGGAAAAAAAAAUGUCUGUUUGUUAAAGGAUCUCAUUUUUCGUCACCCUAUUUAUUUAUUGCGUCAUUAAUUUUGCAUAAUCCCCGGCACUAUAGCAUAUAUCCUAUUUAAUUAUUUAAUUGCUUUUGUAUUGCACAUUAUUUAUCGUUUAUUAUGCGAGUAUUUAUAAAUGUGGAUUUUCGUUGCCAGAUCGGACAGAGCGGUGCACUUCUUGGGCAAAACAGGGUUUGAAUCUUCUUUUUUUUUUUUUUUUUUUUUUUUGUUUUGUUGGAAAUGCUACGACCUAUUGGGGGGCGGGAGCAUUUCGAAUUGUAUAAAUAUGAGAACAAAUGGGGGCAUUUUAUAGCGAGUAAAACCUGUCCAUGGGUAAUCUUGUGUCAGAACCUUAAGCGAAACAUAGACUAUCGAAAAAUCAAAUAUUACGCACACCAGCAUGUCAUUUUGUGUAGUCCUUUGAGUUGCUAUCAUCAUGAUUAUUUGUCUUCCAUGGUUAUUCCAUUCAGUUGGGCAUCCAUAAAUUUAUGAAACCCCGAUGAUAUUGAAAUGUUAUAUUUUAUUGUGUUUAACAUUUUGUAAAUAAAGUGCUCAAACUUGUA